AUGAAGUCUUCGAUUGGAAUCGCACUUCUGCUCCUCUUUGCUUCUACGCAAUCCGUGUCUAACGCUCAAGAAUACUACCCCAAUGAGCAAGAAAAUUGCGAUCACCUCAACGAUAUCAACGAUGCAAGACUCCAAUCCGCGAAAAAAACGGCAGUAGCAAACAUGCAUGCUUUGAGUUGGAAUCGCACUCUAGAGAGUAAAGUUAUAAAGAUGAAUUGCGACGAGUUGAAGAUUCCCGGCCCCGACUAUGCCGCUGUGGGCUUUGCCGCUAUCGAUGAGAAUAAUCCAUCUAACUCGCUAACGUUCCAUCCGCUUCAAACCCAGAUGGGAUGCGGAAACACAAAGUGCAAUGACAAAAUGGUAUGUCUUCUGGGACCCAGAAUCACCGCAUCUAAGGAAUCAGAUUACAAGCGUGGAGAACCUGGAACUCAAUGCUCUAGUGGAAGUGGAGCCAGUGGAUUGUGUGGAGAUGGUGGUGUUUGUAAUGGAAAAAUUGUUUCAUCUGUAUUCAUGUCAUUGGCUUUCUUGUCUCUUGCUCUUACGAUUAUCAUGUCGAAGACGAUAUCAAACAUACCAUCAAUGAACGCUUCGAUCGGAAUUGCAUUUCUUCUUCUCGUCGCUACUGCGGAGUCCCUCUCUGACGCCGAUCGAUACAACAUCGAAGGGCUGACAAAGCAAGAGCAUGUCAACGUGGUCAACAAGGCCAGACUUGAAGCGGCGAAAGAACAUAAUAUUGCAAACAUGCACGAGGUCACUUGGGACACUGCUCUGGAGAGUAAAAUUGAUAAAAUUGAUACUUGCGAUUAUUCUCCCGGCCCUGACUAUGCCGUUUUUGUAUACCCUUACCACUCGUUAAUGAGUAUGCUCAAAGGUCAAACAAAUGGAGGAGAUCCUAUGAGAGAGCCACACUUCCAUCCGCUCCAAACCAAAAUUGCAUGCAGAACGGUAACGUGCACGAAGGCUGGGAGCCAAAUGAAUGGCAUAUGUCUUGUGGGACCCGAAAACUCCCCAGCUAAAGAGUCGGAUAUCAAGCAUGGAGCACCUGGAAGUGAAUGCACAGGUGGAAACGUAAAAAAUUGGUUGUGUGUCAGUGGUGCUGGUAUCAAGUCAACAGAAUUAAAGGAUGGCGAGGAAGCUGCUUCAUCUGCAUCCAUGCCAAUGACUCUCUUUUCUCUUGCUCUUGGCCUUAUCAUGGCAUAG